UUUCUUCCUCUUCGCCGAGGCGCUGCGGCCGCUGCACCCAGGGACGACCCUGGACGAUCUGUUUCUUUCUUAAAGGAAAAAAUGCAUACACAAAAGUUUGAGUGGCAGUAUUUCAUUCUCAGAUUGCUGAUACUUUUGAUUUAUGUUUUAAAUGCUAUAAUUUGUGAAACUGGAGACUGUAGAGAGCAGGAGUUCAGAGAUCAUGAUGGAAACUGUGUAUUAUGUGAACAGUGUGGCCCUGGAAUGGAAUUAUCUAAGGAAUGCGGUUUUGGAUAUGGGGAGGAUGCCCAGUGCAUGACAUGCAGGCCAAACAGGUUCAAAGAGGACUGGGGCUUUCAAAAAUGCAAACAAUGUUUGGACUGUGCUUUAGUCAAUCGAUUUCAGAAAAGCAAUUGUUCUGCUAUUAGCAAUGCUGUUUGUGGAGACUGCUUACCUGGAUUUUAUAGAAAGACAAAGCUUGGGGGCUUUCAGGAUAUGGAAUGUGUUCCUUGUGGCGACCCACCUCCUCCUUAUGAACCACACUGCACUACAAAAGUGAAUUUGGUGAAAAUCCCAUCAACUGUUUCCAGUCCACGAGACACUGCUCUCGCUGCUGUGAUAUGCAGCGCACUGGCAACUGUACUUUCAGCUCUUUUCAUCCUAUGUGUUAUCUAUUGCAAAAGACAGUUCAUGGAAAAGAAGCCAAACUGGUCUGUACAAUCACAGGAUAUUCACUAUGAUGGAUCAGAACUUGCAUGUUUUGACAGAUCACAACUUAAUAUGUAUGAACAUAGAACAUGCUGCCAGGGCCAGCGGGACUCAUUACAGAUGCGUGGUCCAGUGCAUUUGAUUCCAUCAUUGUGCUGUGACGAGACCUGUAGCUUUGAACAUAGCUGUCAUAGCUGUCCUUUUCACUCUCAGACUACACUUCAUGAAAGGAAUUCAAAUUCUGUUGGAGAAAUGAUUCCAGCAUUUCUUGGUUCUCUUUCACAUUCUACUUGUGGAGAUCUUUCAGAUGCUUGGCCUCUCAUCCAAAAACCAGGAUGUUGUGAUAGUAUUUCUUUCUGUGAAUCAUAUCCUGAACUAGCGGGAGAAGAUGAAAAACUUUUCACCCUACAGAUUGAAAAAAGCACUGUGGAUUCAGAUAACAAACAGGAUUUAAAUGUAGUCACAUCUACAAAGUCUCAUUCUGGUAGCUUGACAGAAUCACCUGAACUUUCCAGUAACGCAUAUUGUAUCACUGCUCCCUUAAAUCAGGUUUUGGCUGCUGAACCACUCUCAGCAACAGAGUAUGACGGAACAAACUGAUAAACAGGAAUCUGCAUGACAUUUCCUGGCAGCCCUUAAAUUGAGUGCCUCUUCUCUAAUGUUUGUGAAUGGAAUGCUGCCCGGAUCUCAGUGGUACUGUUUCAGAAACAGCUGAAAUAAAUUGGAAGCAUUUGAAAGCUCUCUGGUAGUUGGAUUUGCAACAAAGCAGCUGUAUGAGAAGAUUUCAAGGAGCAGCGUGGUCAAAGACCAGGGGCAGCUAGCUGCAUGCAGUCCCUCUCAUUUUGGGGCAGCAAGCCUCUGUAUCUCAUUCAUACACAGUUUGAUGGACUGAUCUCACAGCUAAGGAGAUUAUGUAACGAUAACAAGCAGUAGAAUAGUCUUUUGAGUAUGUGUACUAACAACAGCAGGUGUGUAACACGAAUUUGUGCUUUAUUAUAUUGGCAAAAGGAAGCAUUUAAUCCGAUUUGCAACAAGCUGUGUUGAGUCCCUGUGAAUGUGCCAAAAAUCCUAACACUGCAGAGAAUCCUUUUUUAAGAAAAAUGAAAAUUUCUGACUUUUCCUAUAGUUAUUUAUUGUGAACUUGGAAACAACAACAUCUGCCUGUCACAGUUCAGUAUUGCAUAAAUGUUUAUGUGGAAAAAAAACACUGUAGAAAUUGGAAAAUGGUGUUCAGGGGCUUUUUGCACUGCUAUUUAUAGGGCAGCUCUCUGAGGUUUAUCUUGAACUAAGUUUUGGUGUGUUCAAUGCCGCCUACUCUCGAGGUAAAAUAACUCAAAUUUUCAAUGAAAUAUUUCUCCUAUAAAUAUUUGCAGUUAUAUGCUGAUGUUUGGCAGAAUUUCAAAAUUCAGAAAAACACAUUAAGUGUCAUUUAUUUCAGUGGGAAUGUUUGUUUAGUUAUACUGGACAUUCGCUAUCUCAGUGAAAUUUAAAGCGCUAACUCUUUUAUACUUUUUUUUAAAAAGAAUUUUGAAAUAAAACAUGAGAUUAUAAAAGCCUGUGGCCCCUUGGACAGCAUCUCAGAACCCUAGGAUUCCUUAACCUUCUUUCUUUGAAGAAAGAAGCAGAGGAGAGCCACAGCAGAAGGCAUUCAGAAUCUGAAACCCAACUCUAUCCUCCCCAAGCCUUUUCCGUGUCCCCAAACUGGAAGGAAAUAUAGAUCACCAAUGGGGCUGUCCGAAAAAUUCCCAUUGCUUGCAGAAAUAGGUAAAUAUGUAAAUAUCAGUAAUUGUUUCUGCGCUUUAAAAUUGUAGCCAACAGAGCAUUAGAAUAGUUCUGCCUCUCUGCAAUCCUAUUCCCUCUUGUGGAUAAAAAUUGAAUCCAGUGGGACUUUUUUCUCAGUAGAUAUGUAUAAGAUUGCAUUCUUAAAAGCUACAAUUUUAAACCUACAAAUAUGUAAUUGAGAGAUGCAAUCUUAUACAUAUUUAUUUGAAAGGUAAGGCCCACUGAAAAGUAGGAUGCAAAGUCAGGCAUGCAAGGCAGAUAGGUAUGCAAAGUUCAGGCUACUAUGUUAAAAUUAUUAUUGCAAAAUUCAUGUUUAUAUAAUUUUUGCAUGAGGAAUCAUAUGUUUAUGUAAACUUUGUAAAUAAAUAAUCCGACAUGCAUUUCAGUAUUCUGUAAAACUUUUGAUAAAAUACGUGUAGAGAGUUCACCUAUGAAAGCUUUUUCAUAAAUUACUUUUGUCACCUUUGUCCAUUAAACAGUACAUUUUAUGUAGUAAUUUACACUUUAUAUAAUUAGAUUACCACCAGCCCAUAUGUUAAAAAUGAAGCAAGAACUGGAAAAUGUAAAUUAUGUGUAAUAUACUGUUUACAAAAUGUUUGAUUCAACUAAAUUGGUCUUGAUUAUGUUGUCUAUGGCAAAUAGUGAUAUAUACAGAAAGAUUGAUUGAUUGAUUGAUUGAUUGAUUGAUUGAUUGAUUAUGAAUCGUCAAGUCAGUUUCGAGUCUUGAUGGUCACAUAAUAGCCUUUCCAGGAUGAUCUGUCCCUAAUUUGUCCCUUUAAAACUUUCAAUGGUGCAGCCAUUGCUGCUGUAAUCAAAUCCAUCCACCUUGCUGAUCACCCUUUUCUUCUCUUUCCUUCAAUCUUUCCCA